AUGCCGACCGAGUUCAUCAGUGUCACUUUCGCAAACGCUUCCAACGAGCUGCAUCCCAUCCCAGGGGCAGGUGUGGAUCCCGAAUUCCUCGUCAAAUAUGCUCGAGCUCUUGACGACAAUGACUACAACUACACCCUUAUCCCUUACGGUUCCGCCAGCUUUGACCCUUUCACAUUGGGAGCUACAGUCGCUGCUGUAACCAAGAAUAUCAAAAUCAUCAUUGCCCUCCGUCCCAACACUAUGUACCCUACCGUUGCCGCUAAACAGCUCGCUACCCUUGAUCAAUUAUCGCGUGGUCGUGUAGUAGUUCACUUUAUCGCCGGUGGUGAUGAUGUGGAACAAGCACGAGAAGGGGACUUUUUAAGUAAAGAUGAGAGAUAUGCGCGUCAAGAGGAAUACAUCAAAAUCCUUCGUAAAGCCUGGGCUUCAUCCGACCCCAUCAAUUGGGAGGGCAAGUACUACCAAUUCAAGGACUUCCGAAACAAUGUCCGUCCCGUCAAUGGCACCAUCCCUGUAUCUGUAGGGGGAUCUUCACCGGAAGCUUAUAGAAUUGGUGGCGCAUUAGCAGAUAUCUUUGGAUUAUGGGGAGAACCCUUGAAGGAGACAAAAGAACAGAUCGACAGAAUCUACGCUGCCGCCGACGCCGCUGGACGUGCUCCUAACGAUCGACCUAAGAUUUGGGUCACCUUCCGACCCAUUGUGGCUGAGACAGAAGAACUCGCUUGGGCUAAAGCGCAUCGAAUUCUUGAUCUUUUGAAGAAGAACAAAUCUGGAACAAGUACCGCUCCCUACCCCCAGUCCUCUGGUCCACCACAAAACGUCGGCUCCCAGCGAUUACUCGAGAUCGCCGCUAAGGGGGAAGUUCAAGAUCGAGCUCUUUGGUACCCGACUGUGACCGCGACUGGCGCCAAAGGCGCUUCCACAGCUUUGGUUGGUUCUCCACAAACUCUAAUUGAUUCCAUCCUUGACUACGUGGAUAUCGGCUGUGAAUUGAUCUCCAUUCGAGGUUACGACAACUAUCACGAUGCUUUGGAUUACGGUCGAUAUAUUAUUCCAGGCGUGCGAAAGGCUUUGAAAGAGAGAGGACAAGAUGGUGCAGCAACAAAUGGAGAUCAUGCUAAUGAAGACAGACCAGCUAAACGAGCCAGAGCUUUGCGCGAGUAG